AUGGUUUUACCCCACAAAAGUCCACAUAUUCUCAUACUUUUAUUAAAUAUUCUAUUCACAAUAUUUUCAACAGCACAAAAAUAUCCUCGACAGACACCAGCACCAACGAAAUCGUACGCAACCGGUACGGCUACUACGUCACCACCAUUAAAAAGUGAAAUACCUGUUGCUUUAAAAAAGACAACCUUUUCGAUUCCUAUCUCGCCGACAGAAACCCCUUCUCUUCAAUCCGCGUCAUGUCAAGUAAAAAUCACAAAUCCCCAUACCAACGACACGUUUAGACCUGGUGAUAACAUAGAUGUAUCGUGGAAGUUGGCUGGUAAAGAAUGCCUGGUUGAUGGUAUUGUACCACUACAUCAGGUUAACGCCAUUUUAUUCGCAAAUUUGACCAGAGGUGAAGAAUGGAAAUGGGACUACCGACAAAACCUUCACCAUGAAACAAAUACCAACAUUUCUUCGUUCCGUUACCCCGUACAAAUUAUACUAUCUCAAAAUAUUCGAAAUUUAAGUUUAUUUUUCCUGGAUAUUGAAUUAGCAUUCCCAACAAAUUCUGUGGGUAUUAUAUGGGAUGUCAUGGGGCCAUUUACUAUUUUGCCAAUUCCAGAAGCUCCUCCACAAAAUGGUUCAAAUCCAGAUAACGACAUUCAUGGCGAAGAUAUUUUCGCUAGUUGGAAUAAGGAUAAUGAUAAUACUGAACAAAAUAAUUCCAACCAAAAAAGUAACAAGGAAGAAAUUG